AUGGCGCCCACCGCGCCGCCGGAGGCCGAGCAGAGGGCGGCCAAGAUUGCGUCGCUCAAGCUCGAGGGAGCCGCUGCCAUCGAGCGGCGUGAGCGGCUCGCUGCGGCGCUCAAGGACGCGACCCAGCGCAGGAUGUGUGACAGCAGCGACGACAGCCUCUUGUCCGACGAGUGCGAGGCGAGCGAUGAGCAGGCGGAGCUUGCCGACGAGGCGCUGCUGCCCUCCGAACUGCUGACGGCAGACAGUGUGGCGAACGCGGCCGUCCUGAUCACCGCCGCGAGCAGCGCCGUCCUCGUUGUGGCCAUGUCGGUGGCCGAGUUUGCGCCGCCGGGCACCUCUAUCCUCGGAUUGCUGCGCCGCCUGCCGCUGUCGCUCUGGGCGAGCUACUUGCGCGCCGUGGCGGCGUACCCGGUGGCAGUCAAGGCGGCGCUCACCGGCGUGACGUAUGUGAUCGGAGACAUGAUCGCGCAGGUCGUGCAGCAGCAGCAGCAGAUCCUCCAGCUCCAGCUCGCCCCCCGAUCGCUGCGAGACAGCCUCCUCCGCAUGGACGUGUGGCGGCUCGCUGGCCGGCCGCUGCUCGAGGUGGCGCGGCAGUACUCGGCGCAGUUUUGGCGGCUCCUACGCGCUGGCUGGAAGCUGUGGCCCUUCGUCGGCGUCAUCACCUACACGUACGUGCCGACUGCGCACAGGGUGCUCUUCGUCGACCUCGUCGAGAUCGCCUACUCGGCCAUUCUCUCGACGAUGACCACCGACACGCCGCCGGCGGAGGGAGAAGCAGAGCUUUUGCAAGCCGAGACUUUCGCAGACUCGAAGAGAGACAUACGACCGUGAGCGUGCUGGGACACGCUCGCUUUCGGUCCAUGUACGCGUGCAUAUAAUCGGGUGUGGCAGUGUAAGUAGAGCCAGAGAGUUGAGAGUGCAUGGCGUGCAAGUAGAGUAGUGCAAGCGAGGGGGUAAAUAGAGAGCAGCGUUAUACCACA